AUGGCACUAAACCUAUUUGACCAAUUCAUAAGCCCCACACACCUCGGCAUCCCCCUAAUUGCUAUUGCACUCACCCUUCCUUGAAUUCUAAUCCCCUCCCCAACCGGCCGCUACCAAAAUAACCGACUAAUCUCCCUACAAAGCUGAUUCAUUAAAACCUUUACACAACAACUACUCACCCCACUAAACCAAGCAGGGCAUAAAUGAGCCCUAAUCCUGGCCUCACUAAUAAUUUUUAUUCUUACCCUAAAUGUGCUAGGAUUACUGCCAUAUACCUUUACCCCUACCACACAGCUAUCCUUAAACAUAGGACUAGCCGUGCCACUAUGACUAGCCACAGUUAUUAUUGGUCUCCGAAACCAGCCCACUGCAGCCCUAGGACACCUCCUGCCAGAAGGGACUCCCGCCCCUCUAAUCCCAAUUCUAAUUAUUAUUGAAACUAUCAGCUUAUUUAUCCGCCCUUUAGCCCUCGGAGUCCGACUCACAGCUAAUCUCACAGCCGGCCACCUGUUAAUUCAACUAAUCUCAACAGCGACUGUCACCCUUAUGCCCAUGAUAACUACAGUAGCAACCCUUACCGCCAUCCUUCUAGUAUUAUUAACACUCCUAGAAGUUGCAGUAGCCGUCAUUCAAGCCUAUGUAUUUGUUCUCUUACUAAGCCUAUAUUUACAAGAAAACGUAUAA